CGACUUCCCAACAAAAAAGUAUCCAAGCAGCAGCAGCACCAACAGACUGCCUGCUCUACCAAAGACUACCAUCCGCACGUCUUCAUCAUGGCAGCAUCAAAGACCCAGCAUGGACUCGGCGAGCUAUUCACAGACCAGACACGCGCAUUCGUCUAUGGCCUCCAGCCCAAAGCCGUUCAAGGCAUGCUCGACUUUGAUUUCGUGGCGGGCCGCAAGCAGCCAUCUGUCUCUGCCAUCAUCUACCCCUUUGGCGGGCAGUUCGUCUCCAAAAUGUACUGGGGUACGCAGGAAACAUUGAUUCCAGUCUACCAGACCGUCAAGCUUGCCGUGGAGAAGCACCCAGAGACCUACGUGGUCGUCAACUUUGCCUCUUCUCGCUCAGUCUAUGCCUCGACCCUCGAUCUCCUCGAGCACCCGCAAAUCACGGCCAUUGCCAUCAUUGCUGAAGGCGUCCCUGAACGACGCGCCCGUGAAAUUCUCUUCAAGGGACAGCAAAAGAAUGUCACCAUCAUUGGCCCAGCAACGGUCGGCGGUAUCAAACCAGGAUGCUUUAAGAUUGGCAACACGGGCGGUAUGAUGGAUAACAUUGUCGCUUCAAAGCUCUACCGACCAGGAUCCGUGGGCUACGUCUCCAAGUCUGGUGGCAUGUCCAACGAGCUCAACAACAUCAUUAGUCAAACAACAGAUGGUGUCUAUGAAGGUGUCGCUAUUGGUGGUGACCGAUACCCCUCCACCACAUUCAUCGACCACUUGCUCCGUUACGAGGCAGAGCCCUCCUGCAAGAUCCUCGUCUUGCUCGGUGAAGUCGGCGGUACUGAAGAGUACAAGGUCAUUGAAGCCAUCAAAUCUGGUCAAAUUAAGAAGCCUGUCGUUGCUUGGGCCAUCGGUACUUGCGCCAGUAUGUUCAAGACGGAUGUGCAGUUCGGUCACGCCGGGUCUUUCGCCAACUCUCAGCUCGAGACGGCUGUUGCCAAGAACGCAGCAAUGAAGGAAGCCGGUAUUCAUGUCCCAGACACCUUUGAAGACUUGCCAGAAACCCUCAAGAAGGUGUACGACGCCAUGGUGGCCAAGGGUGACAUUACACCCAAACCAGAGCAAGCACCACCCAAGAUUCCUAUGGACUAUGCUUGGGCACAGGAGCUCGGCCUCAUCCGCAAGCCAGCCAGCUUCAUCUCCACCAUCUCAGACGACCGUGGCCAGGAACUCGUGUAUGCCGGUAUGAAUGUCUCGGAUGUCUUCAAGGAGGAUAUCGGCGUUGGUGGUGUCAUGUCACUGCUCUGGUUCAAGCGUCGCUUGCCACCGUAUGCCGCCAAGUUCCUCGAGCUUGUGCUCAUGUUGACUGCCGAUCACGGACCUGCCGUGUCGGGUGCCAUGAACUGUAUCAUCACCACUCGUGCCGGCAAGGACCUCAUCUCCUCGCUCGUGUCUGGUUUGCUGACGAUUGGUACGCGAUUCGGUGGUGCCCUGGACGGUGCAGCUGAGGAAUUCACAAAGGCCUUCGACAAGGGCUGGUCUGCUCGUGACUUUGUCGACACUAUGCGCAAGGAGAACAAGCUCAUUCCAGGUAUUGGCCACAAGGUCAAGUCUCGCCAGAACCCAGACUUGCGUGUUGAGCUCGUCAAGGAGUAUGCACACAAGAACUUCCCCUCGACACAGCUGCUCGACUAUGCGCUUGCAGUGGAGACCGUCACCACCAGCAAGAAGGACAACCUCAUCCUCAACGUCGAUGGCGCUGUUGCCGUGUGCUUUGUUGAUUUGCUGCGAAACUGCGGUGCCUUUAGCACAGAAGAGGCAGAAGACUACCUCAAGAUGGGUGCUCUUAACGGUCUCUUUAUUCUUGGUCGAUCCAUUGGUUUGAUGGGCCACCACUUUGACCAGAAGCGACUUAGGACACCUUUGUACAGGCACCCAUGGGACGACAUCUCGUACCUCGUCUCUUCGGCUGCGGCAAGCCCGAGUGCGCGCACCCUCGUAUCGCAGGACAAGUAGACUUUUGUAGUAACUGUGUGCAAUCUCGUC